AUGGAGACGAUCUCACUACCGCCGCACUUUCCACGGCAUCUGCAACGGGUGCAUCUCGCCCACAUUUCACCGCUGACGCCCGACCAGAGCAGCCAGAUCCUCGCGCGUAUCAUCGCAGCGUCCAAGCUGCCCACCCGCGACGAUGCGGCGCCAUCAACGAGGGAGGAGGAGGUCGAGGCGGCCGAGAGGGAGAGGGCACGGCUCGACUAUGCCUUUAUCGACCCGACGCGCAUCUGCGGCCGCAACCACGUCGUCACCGCCAUCCUCCAGGCUGCCCUCGUCGCUGCCAGAGCCGAAGCCCGCAACCAACAGCCACAGCAGCCUGGCCACCAGUCGGGCGGCAUGAAGACCAAGACGGUCCAUUCGGAAGUCAUCUGGUGUCUCAGUCCCGGUAACAAUGUUGGAGAAUCGCUGAAACGGUUCGGCCUGACGCCACAAUCGACGUCGCUCCUCCUCGUACGCUUCUCGGACGCGCAGCUAGACGCCUCGACCGUGCUCGACGAGAUGCUCUCCAUCGUCCCGCCAUCGUCCGAAACCGGCCCGGCGCGCCUCACCAUCCCACCACCACCACCAGCGGCACCACCGGCGACGGGCACGACGGCGGACGCCGGGGCAGACGACGCGGUCCAGGACGACAUCGAUAGCGCCAUCAGGUACGGUGGCCCUUCGGCGCAUGCCCGUGCGCGUGCGCGUGCGCCCGUGACCGACUGGCAGCAGCUCAACAAGAUCUACAAGCUCAGCCUACCCGCCCCGCUCCUGGAUCGCAUCAAAAGCUCAGACUGGUCCGACGAGACGCGCCGCCAGCUAGAACCGUACGAAGACAUCUGCUGUACCAGCGUCGCCAUGAAACUGGUGGCUGCGUAG